CGACUAGAGCGGAUCGUUAGCCCUCAGAGUGUAGAGUCGCAGUGAAUACAUAGACGCACCCAGUGAGAGAAAGUCAAAAUAUUGACCGUAUUUACACACAGCGUUUGCAAAUCCAGUGUAGUUUCUUGCGAUUAUGCUGGUUUAUGUAUUACCUAUCUAUUCGUGUGGAAUUUCAUAUUUUUAGUUGUGACUUUUCCAGUCCUCUUUACAAGAGGAGUGUAUUUGUGCGUCUUGGCUCUCUUCCUCUCUCGCGCUGCAAUGUUUGUGCCAACGUCAAAGCUCACAGACCGGGGCAGAAUUGAUUAAAAGAAGAAGCGUAGAUCAAAUGGCUGUGUUUCUGACGACUCAAACUGCAUGCUUUUCGAUUGACACGACGCAGAGAGGAGGAAUUUCAGAUUUUGGCACCCUCAUUGCUGUGUCGUUUGCCUUUCUACGGACAGAAUCGACAGGAAAUGUUCGAUCAUCAUAUUAAAACGGAAUAAUAUUGUUUUAUUUAUUUUUUAUAUUCAAGUGCACUUGAGAGAGGAAGUGGAAAUGAUUUUGUUACUAAUCCUGGUCUCCAUCCUGGACGGAGCGCUUUCCCAGCUGCAUUACUCCGUCCCGGAGGAGCAGGAACCGGGGACCGUGGUUGGAAAUUUAUUGGAGGAUUUGGGGUUGGACAUCACAAAACUUUCCUCUCGCCGUUUCCAGACUGUACCCAGCUCAAGGAAUCCGUACUUGGAAGUGAAUCUGGAGAACGGGGCGCUAUUAGUCAAGGACAAAAUCGACCGCGAGGAGAUAUGUAAGCAGACCACUCCGUGCCUACUGCAUCUGGAAGUGUUUUUGGAAAGUCCGCUGGAGCUUUUUCGGGUGGAGAUCGAGGUUCUGGAUAUCAACGACAAUCCCCCCCGUUUUCCCGAGACCGAUAUUUCCGUGGAGAUAUCAGAGAGUGCCAUCCCCGGUACCCGCUUCCCCGUGGAGAACGCAUUCGAUCCGGACGUGGGCACGAACUCGCUCAAUACAUAUGCCAUAACGAACAAUAACUACUUUUACCUGGAUGUUCAGACGCAAAGCGAUGGAAACAAAUUCGCUGAGCUGGUGCUGGAAAAACCAUUAGACCGGGAGCAGCAGGCGGUGCAUCGGUACGUACUCACGGCCGUGGACGGAGGGAUACCACAGCGGACUGGCACCGCUCUCUUAGUGGUUAAAGUUCUGGAUUCCAACGAUAACGCGCCCACGUUUGACCAGUCAGUAUACACAGUAAACCUUCGGGAGAAUUCUCCCAUGGGAACGCUGGUAAUUCAGUUAAACGCCACGGAUGUAGACGAGGGACAGAACGGAGAGGUGGUGUAUUCCUUCAGCAGUCACAACGCACCACGGAUAAAGGACCUAUUCAAUAUCGACGCCAGAACUGGACGGAUAGAGGUAGCUGGAGAGGUGGACUACGAGGAGAGCAAUACGCACCAGAUAUACGUUCAGGCGAAAGACAUGGGUCCAAAUGCUGUCCCCGCGCACUGUAAAGUGCUGGUAAAGCUCGUGGACGUAAAUGACAACACACCGGAGAUCAGUUUCAGUACGGUGACGGAGUCUGUGAGCGAGCAAGAUGCCCCGGGCACAGUGAUAGCGCUCUUCAGCGUCACGGACCAGGACUCUGGUGAAAACGGACUGAUGACCUGCGAAAUACAAGGAGAUGUGCCGUUCAAACUUAAAUCGUCGUUUAAAAAUUACUACACCAUUGUCACGGACGGACCGUUAGACAGGGAAAACACAGACUCAUACACAAUCACUGUGGUGGCCAAAGAUAAGGGGCUGCCCUCACUCGCUACGAGCAAGUCUAUUAAAGUCCAUGUCUCGGACGAGAACGACAAUGCACCCCGGUUUACGCAGCCGGUUUAUGCUGUGUACGUGACAGAGAAUAACGUACCUGGCGCUUUUAUCCACGCUGUGAGCGCUUUGGACCCUGACGUAGGGCCAAACGCCGUUAUUACCUUCUCCAUAUUGGAGUGUGACAUCCAGGGCAUGUCCGUGGACACAUAUGUGUCAAUCAAUCAAGACACUGGCUACCUAUACGCUCUGCGCUCCUUUGACUAUGAACAACUGAAGGAGUUUAGUUUUAUGGUCCAAGCUAAAGAUUCCGGAAACCCCGAGCUCUCCUCCAACGCCACAGUAGACGUUAUCAUCGUAGACCAGAAUGACAACCCGCCCUCGGUUAUUGCCCCAAUCGGUAAAAACGGAACUGCUAAAGAGCACCUACCGCGCUCGGCGGAGCCUGGUUACCUGGUUACGCGCAUCGUUGCCAUGGACGCGGAUGACAGCGAAAACGCACGACUGUCCUACAGCAUACUACGGGGCAACGAGAUGGGUAUGUUCCGUAUGGACUGGAGGACGGGGGAGCUAAGGACUGCCAGGCGGGUGUCCACUAAAAGGGACCCCCAGGGCUCCUAUGACCUGUUGAUCGAAAUAAGAGACCAUGGGCAGCCACCCCUCUCCUCUUCGGCAAGUGUGAGCGUCAUCCUGGUGGAUAGCGUGGUUGAAGGCCGAAGCGGGGACAGGGGCUCCACCGCCAAGUCCAAGGAGACCUCUCUCGACCUGACCCUUAUCCUUAUCAUCGCCCUGGGCUCUGUCUCCUUCAUCUUCCUGCUUGCCAUGAUUGUUUUGGCCGUGCGCUGUCAGAAGGACAAAAAACUGAACCUGUACACGUGCCUUCUGGCGGGAGAAUGCUGUCUGUGUUGUAGCUCGUGCUGCAGCCGCCAGGCUCGCGGCCGGAAGCAGAAGAAGCUGAGCAAGUCAGACAUCAUGCUUGUCCAAAGCACCAACGUGACGUCAGGGGUCGGUCCGGUUGGGCAGGUGCCCGUGGAAGAAUCCGGGGUGGGCGGCGUGGGCGGAGGAUUUGGGUCCCAUCACCACCAGAACCAGAAUUCAUACUGCUAUCAGGUGUGUCUGACACCAGAGUCCGCCAAGACGGAUCUAAUGUUCCUGAAACCAUGCAGCCCUUCGAGGAGCACUGACACCGACCACACCAAUCCGUGCGGGGCAAUUGUCACAGGAUACAGUGACCAGCAACCGGACAUCAUUUCUAAUGGCAGCAUCCUCUCCAAUGAGACGAAACACCAAAGGGCAGAACUCAGCUACCUGGUCGACAGGCCUAGGCGCGUGAACAGUUCUGCAUUCCAGGAGGCGGACAUUGUCAGUUCUAAAGAUAGCGGGCACGGCGACAGCGAACAAGGGGACAGUGACCACGACGCCACCAACCGGGGUCACUCGGCCGGCGCCGACCUCUUCUCUAACUGCACAGAGGAGUGUAAGGCCCUGGGCCACUCGGACCGCUGCUGGAUGCCCACCUUCGUGCCCUCUGACGGGCGCCAGGGGCCCGACUACCGCAGCAACCUGCACGUGCCCGGCAUGGACUCCGUGCCCGACACCGAGGUACCGGCGCUCGAGCGCGUCACCGCCGCCACCGACCUCCCCACCUCCACCUCCACCACCGAUAGGUCAUUCUCCACCUUCGGCAAGGAAGGUCAAGGGUCAAAUCACCUGCACCAAUCACAGUACAGCACCAGCACGCUAGAGAGGACAGAGUAUGAUAGCCUGAGAGGCACCCUCCCGUACAAACCCACCUUCCUCUCCCACAAAAGGAUUUGCUAGCUCCUUCCGUGUGGACUUGUCUGAGACGGCGUGAGUUUCGCACAGCAGAGAGACCAACGAGGGAGACAAAACAAAAACAAAAAAAUUUACAAGGACAUUGUCUUGUUUCCGAACUCUGUCAACAUAGUUGCCCAGCUGAAAUGGAAAACUUGGGUUUCUGUUGAUUUGGGAGAUGGUGGGGAGGUGGGGGGUGGGUGGAGAGGGUAAGGUAGGGUGUCAGGUUGGCAAGAGUGUCGGGGGGAGGAAGUUGCAGAUGGACUUUGGAACUUCCUGCUAGGCUUCUAGGACCAUGUAAGGCCUUCCUUUUUCUCAGCAGGCCUGAGACGUGCAAAAGCUUAUUGACGUGGACGAGAAAAUGUGAACGAGAUUGCGUGAAUGCCAACGCAACAAGGAUGGAGAGGUCUACAGUGACCCAGGGAACUACAUCAAAGACAGAGACGAAAGUGAGACAAAGACUUGAUGGAGUACCGAAACAGACAUGUUAACAAAGUGGACGGGGUGGGGUCAAUGUACUCCCCUCCCCCUCCCCCCCCCCAUUAGAUGUGUGUGCCUGUUUACAUGGAGAGAAACAAAAAAAAACUGAAAAAGGUUUCUGUACAAACUUCAACUUCACUGAGCCCUUUAGCUGUUUAUACUGUCACCACUAAGCCAAUUGUACAGGCAGGAGGGAUUGAGAGAGAAAGAAUGUGACGGAGAGAGGAGAUAACCAGGAAAAGAAGAAGGGGAUGGAGAAGAAAAGAGAUGGGAACAGGUAAAGGUUUAGAUAAGGCACGGACAGAGGUUGUACAGGUAUGAAGACCAGAGGGAGAAAAAAAAAAAAAGAAAAAAAAAAAGAUAUCAACCAGAAACGUGAAUGAUGUGCAUUAUCAUUCAAUAUCUCCGGUUUUGGACUGUUUUUUUAACUGUUUUUGUUGUUCUCUUUCUUUUCUUUUUCUGUGUGGUCAACGUGUUCAGAAUCUUCAGUCCUUGACUUAAACAGCAGCAGAGAUAUGCAGAGAUAUACAGAGAACGCUAAACACUUUUAGGGAUGACUUCCCUCUGCAACAUUGGCCUACUUAUUAGACCAGAUCCAUUUUGUGGUUUAAAUCAUGUGUGCAAAGUGUUUACUGUGCUAUUUUAAAGCGUAUAAAUGACUAUAAAAUCUAUAUAUAAAUAUCUAUAUAUACGAUAUACUUUUUCUGAAACUGUGUAACCAUUGGUUAGUUUCUUAUCCACUGAUUAUGUCAUCAGAACUGAUACUAAGUGCUCAAAACAACUUGUAUUAAAAACCAAGAGGGGGGCUUUGAUGAGUUGGGCACCCUCUCUGAAUCAAACCAAGGUUUAAGUUGAUGUUUUUUUUUUGUUGAUUGUCAUUUUUGGGUUGUCAGGUUUUGAAGUUGCCAGGUUUAAAGUGUUGGACUCGAUGUGUGUACAGAGCAACGUGGAGCAUUUUCUAGCGGUUAAGCCUAAAGGCUGUGUUUGAGUCGAGUCCAUAUGCAGAAACAGGACUAUCACAACUGAGCUAGACAUCAAAGGUGUUCACACAAUCACACACUAACUUGCUGUCCUACACCCCAAGGGACACACACACACACACACCAGAAGAUGAGAGUCUAAGAAAGGAAGAGAGGCCUAUUUUACGACUGAAAUCAAGACUCUGAAGGCUCCAAUCAAGCCUGCAAUCCUGUGACAGACAGACACACACACAAACAGACACAAACCCAGACGCA